AUGGCGUCGCUCGGCGCGGGGCUGCAUCUCCUCCGCAGGCGGGGAGCGGGCAGGAGCGCCGCGGUGGAGAGGAGGAACCUGCUGACCGUGUGCAGGUUCUCAGUGAAGACUCUGCUCGACCGCUCCUGUUUUGAGACAAUAGAUGACUCGUCUCCAGAAUUCAUUAACUUCGUGUCCAUUCUGGAGCACAUCCUUAAUCAUCGGCUCAAAGGUCAGACGACGUGGUUUGGCUAUGAGAGUCCUCGCAGUUUCUGGGAUUAUAUAAAAGCAGCCUGCAGCAAAGUCCUUCAUAACUGCAUCCGAAGCAUUGAGAGCAUGGAGAAUGUGCGUUCAUCAAGAGCUAAGGGUCGUGCAUGGAUCAGAGUGGUACUGAUGGAGAAACGACUGUCAGAAUACAUCUCAUCUGCACUGAGGGACAUCAAAACCACCAGGAGGUGUUAUGAGGACGGUGCCAUCAUGCUGGGAGAGGAGGCGGGGCUUCUGGCAGACACGCUCAUUGGACUCAACACCAUCGACUUCAGCUUCUGUCUGAAAGGGGAGGGUCUGGACAGCAGCUGCCCCGCCGUGAUCGACUACACGCCGUACCUGAAGUUCACUCAGAGCGCAGACAGCAUCAGCAGCGACGAGGAGGAGAUGAGGACUCUGGGGAGCAGUGGCAGCGAGAGCAGCACCCCCGACAAAGCAGCCACGGCCGCCUCCAUCUUCACCGAGCAGAGCAACUUGGUCAGCAAGUGCAAACGCUUCGAGCAGAAGUAUCGCGUGGCGCUGGAACAGAAGGCUUACCUGGAAGAGCUGGUCCGUCUACGAGAAGCCCAGCUGUCGGAGGCCGUGUCUCAUAACAAAGCUCUUGAGCAGAACCUGGCAGACACACACCUCUCACACACACUGGAGAAGGAGCAGCUGGAGUUCAUCGUACUGGAACUACAGGACCAACUGACAGUGCUGAAGAACAAUGAUUUGCGGUCCAGACAGGAGCUGACCGCCCAUCUGACCAAUCAGUGGCCGUCUCCUGACGCCUUGGACGCCAACGCUGUUGCCUUGGACACGCUGCUGUACAGGAAGAGGACUGGACAGUGGGAGGAGAAGAGCUUCCAGAGCCUGGAGCAGCUCUCUGUGGACAUGAGCCUCUCCCAGACUUCCCUUGAACCGUCACACACACUGAGCCUGGAGGCGAGGCUGCCCGGGACACAGUGGCGGCACCAGAGUAAAGAGGAGACUCCUUCUCUCAGAGGCCUAUGCGGCUCCCUCACCUCCGUUGCCAGCUACAAGUCUCUGGCCAGCCUGAGGUCCAGCGAGUGUUUGGCCAGUCCUGCAACGGAGAUCAGCAGCCCGGGGUUCACUCCUUCAUAGGGAAUGGGGGAAAAAAACUGCGGGACAGAUGAUGCAGGAACUUUGUCAAUGUAGGUGAAAACUGAUUUUCUGUUUGUACGAGUCUUUGUUCCGUGUGCGGAGCUCGGAGCUUUAACAAAUGGACGUCAGGUUUGACAGCGGAGGAUCUGCUGUAGCAUGUUUGUAAAAUAAAACUCAGAGCAGCUCUGUCAGACUGAAUCACAGAUACACCUCUGGGUCCAAACACUGCUCACUUAGUCUCCCUUAGUGCAGACAGGGGAUCUGGUGAGCUUCUUGUGAUUCUUCGAUUGUGUUAGGUUUUUGCUUUCGAGGCGUUUUUAUCUGUGGAGCAUCAUCUGUUUUCUUACUUGGAAACAUAUUUGAAAAAUAAAAAAGUUUUGUGUAUGAAUUUCCAUGUCACUUAUAGAGCAUAGAGGUGAAGAUGGAGUGUGUCCUCCCUCCUCUGUUAGAAGGUUUCACUGCAUGUUGAAAAUACUGACUUCAUCAGAUCAGACUUUAGGAAACUGAGGGUCAGUGUUUGAUUUUCUUUCUCUCGAGUUCUGUCCUGCAACUAAAAGGUUGUUUACUAUCCUGUGCUGUUACUGCUGCCACUGAAAACCAGUCAUGAUUUAAUCUACUCAUGAUGAAGGCACCUCCGCUUUUGUCAUGUUACGUUUUGCAUAAUGUCUCAUGUUGCGUUCUCAGGUGUGAAUGUUCUUGCGCCAUUCUUCUUAUGUGUUGUCAGACGUGCAUAAUGCAGUAUCACAUGGUUUGUUCUCAGGUAAUGAGCACUAUGUUUAAUACCCACUUUCAUGGCUAGUUACCACAAACAGAUCAUACAAACUUAAAUUAAGACAAUGUGUUAGGACUCAGUUAUUGGAAUCUCUUCAAGAGAUGUUAGAAAUGUGUAUUUAGAGAAUAUCAGAAUAAAGAAUAAAACUAUAUAUAACAAUAGUAAUGUAUCAUUGGGGACAAUAGCCGAGUACCUCAACACUGAACUCAUCGCUUUGCCUUUACCUCGUUGCAGCAGUCAUUUGCACAUCCAGAAUAUGUUUCAUUGGAUUUCUUUGCCUUUUUUUUAUCAUUUUGA